AGGUGGAGGGAAGGCAGAAGGACAGGGGCAAGGGCCCUGGGAGCAGCAGACCGGUCUCCCAGCUCAAGACAUCCACCUUGCCUCCGCUCUGCUCUCUGCCACUGCCUGCCCCAUUCCCUGGGACCCCCCCAACCUCACCCCCUACCCACCCCUGAUCUGUCUAGCUUUCCUCUGGAUUCCAGCCUCAGGUCAUUGGCUCCUCCCCUCUCUCUCCUGCCCCUAUCCCUCUUCCUCCAGCUUUCUCUCCCUCCAUCUUCCACGUAGCAGAACCUCUCUUUUGUCAGGCUGUCUCUCCCCACUUUCUGACCUCUUCCCUUUGGAGGGCUCACUGUGGCCGGGGCCCAGGGGGAGAUGGGGAAGGCCCAGUUCCAGGUCUUGCUGCUUCUGCCACUGCUGUGGGUGGCUCCAGUGGAGGCACCAGCACCUGGGGCAGAGGUCCCGGAGGUGUGGGCCCAGGAGGGGGCUCCUGCCCAGCUUCCCUGCAGCCCCACAAUCCCCCUCCAGGAUUCCAGCCUUCUUCUUCGAACAGGAGGGGUCACUUGGCAGCAUCUACCAGACAGCCCGCCCCCAACCAGGGGCUCGCGCCCCGUGGCGCCCACCCCCUACACUGUGCUGAGGCUGGCUCCUGGGGGGCUGCGCAGCGGGCGGCCGCCCCUGCAGUCCCGCAUGAAGCUGGAAGAGCGCGGCCUCCAGCGCGGGGACUUCUCGCUCUGGCUGCUCCCGGCCCGAAGCGCCGACGCCGGCGAGUACAGCGCCGCGGUGAACCUCAAGAACGGAGCCCUCACCUGCCGCCUCCGUCUGCGCGUGGGCCAGGCCCGGGUGACUGCCAGUCCCCCAGGGUCUCUCAGGACUUCCGGCUGGGUCGUGUUGAACUGCUCCUUCAGCCGCCCUGACCUCCCAGCCUCUGUGCAGUGGUUCCGGGGCCCAGGCAGAGUCCCUGUUCAGGAGUCCCCCCAUCACCACUUGCUUGGAAACCUCCUCUUCCUGCCCAAAGUCAGCCCCUUGGACUCUGGGCCCUGGGGCUGCAUCCUCACCUACAGAGAUGGCUUCACUGUCUCCAGCAUAUACAACCUCACUGUUCUGGGUCCGUUGGCGCCAGUCCCCCUGACAGUGUAUGCAGGAGCAGGUUCCCGGGUGGAGCUGCCCUGCCAACUGCCUCCUGGCGUAAGGACCCCGUCUUCCCUCACUGCCACGUGGACCCCUCCCGGUGGAGGCCCUGACCGGCUGGUGGCUGGAGACAAUGGCAACUUUACCCUUCAACUAGAGGCUGUGAGCCAGGCCCAGGCCGGGACCUACAUCUGCCACAUCUAUCUGCAGGGGCAGUGGCACAGUACCACUGUCACUUUGGCAGUCAUCACAGUGACUCCCAAGUCCUCUGGGUUACCUGGCAACCUGAGGAAACUGCUUUGUGAGGUGACUCCGGCAUCUGGACAAGAGCGCUUUGUGUGGAGCCCCCUUGACAAGCAGUCUUGGAGGAGUUCUCCAGGACCCUGGCUGGAGGUACAGAAGGCCAGCCUCCUUUCUCAGCCUUGGCAGUGUCACCUGUACCAGGGGGAGAGGCUUCUUGGAACAGCCGUAUACUUCACGGAGCUGUCUGGACCAGGUGCCCAGUACUCCGAGAGAGCCCCAGGUGCCCCCAAAACAGGCCAUCUCCCUCUCUUUCUCACCCUCGGUGUCCUCCUUCUCCUGUUGAUGACUGGGCCCUUUGGUUUUCACCUUUGGAGAAGACGGUGGCGACCAAGAAGAUUUUCUGCUUUAGAGCAUGGGAUUCACCCACCUCAGGCUGAGAGCAAGAUAGAGGAUCUGGAGCAAGAACCAGAGCCAGAGCUGGAGCCGGAGCCAGACCUGGAGCUGGAGCCAGAGCCAGGGCCACAGCAGCCCUGAACUGGAGCGGAAGCAGCCAGUGGGUCUCUGUAAUUCAGUCCAAAUAAACUCCCAUCAGCAUCAA